AUGUCCGCGCACCUAUUUAACCUCCGCACUGCCCCCGUCCCGAACUUCCCCCUCUCCUACGACUCCCGUUCCCCGCCGCACAUGGAGACUUUCGAGGCCUUCUUCGAGGACUGGCUCGCGCAGCAGGAGGCCUUCCUCGACCAGCUCCUCCUCCGCGCCUCCGCGCCGCAGGGCCAGAGCUGCCCGAGCCACGACCACCGCGGCGACGGCGACAGCGACGGCGACGGCGAAGCGGACAGGGCCUUGAUCGAGCAGGUCCUCGGCCACUACCAGCGGUUCUACGAGGAGAAGACGAGGGUGGCGAGGGAGGACGCGUUCCUCUUCUUCUCCGCCCCCUGGCUCACCUCCUUCGAGCGCACAUUCCUCUGGAUCGGCGACUUCAAGCCCACCCUCCUCUUCCGCUUCCUCGGCUCCGCGGUCGACGGCCUCACCGCCGCCCAGUCGGAGGAGGUCGAGCGGAUCGGGGCGGAGACGAGGUGGAGGGAGAGGGAGCUCACGGAGGCGAUGGCCAGGGUCCAGGAGAGCGUGGGGGCCCCGCCGCUGCUCUGCCUGCUGAGGGCGUCGGCCGGGCAGCCGCCAAGGGACGGGGAGCUCUGCGCCCUGGAGGUGGCCAUGGCGCAGCUGAAGGAGGCGAUGGUGGCGGUGCUGGAGGACGCGAACGCGCUGCGGGCCGCGACGGCGAGGCGGUUGAUGGAGGUGCUGAGCCCGGCCCAGACGGUGAAGCUGCUGGCCGCGGCGGCGCAGUUCCAGGUCCGGAUAAGGUGGUGGGGGAAGCAGAGGGCGGCGUCGGCGGCGCUCCGAUGA